UCUAUCUUAAACUCUGAGUCGGGGGUAGGGUGGAAGGUGCCAGAAAAUUCCACUCCUUAUAGGGUAAACAGAUGUUACAACUUUCAGAAAUAUUGUAAGCCCAGACAAAUGACUUAGACUUGCGAAUAUAAAGUCAAUCUUUUCUGUUCCUUCUCCCAGCCCACGCCUGUCUAGAUCUCACACAACCUUCCUUAUUUAUUUCAAUAUACAGGCAUUAUAUCUUUAGAAAAUAUAUCACUUGCCAACCACAAACUCAGUCAGUUGACCUUGAGGUCAAAAUCUGACACGAUCAGCCCAUCGUUGGGUAAUGACUCAAAUAUUGGACAAAUACCGUCAACAGCGUCUGUGCGAAGUGGAUGCUGGCACUGUUGACGGAUGGGCAGUUUAGGUUGAAUCAGCGGACAGUUGGUGUUUAACCUUAUAUCACAUUUGCUGGUAGCCCAAUAGCUGGGAUUCGACUUGGGAAAUGUCAAGGAAGCGGAAAAGAACAUUACACGUGAAGUUCAAUUUGUAAGAAGGAUGCAAUGUCAUGGGUGUGUGUUCCAGUUGUUGUUUUUUCCCUGUCUCGUACACACCUGCUACUGAAAGCAUCUUAACCACCUGUGCCUCAUUCACCCUAAUUACCCCUUGCAUUUAACCUCGUGUCUCAUUCUUACUAGUCGCCAGUUCGUCGUACCUUGUCAUCGCGUUUCAGCAUCCCUUGUUUCCAUGUCCUAUCCUCUAUUCCGUUCAUGACAGAUCGAACUGGCCAUAACAUGGACCCUUCCCCAUCACAAAGAUCAUCAACCCUGUCACCGUGAAGCUUAGGCUCCCCAGGUCGAUGCGGGUCCACCCUGCUUUUCACGUCAGCCUGCUCAAGCCCGCUUGGGAGUCCCCUCUGGUCCCGCUUUCCAGGCCCCCUCCUCCCCCCCGGUUCGUGGAUGGGGGCCCUGUCAUCACUGUGAGGCGGCUGUUGGCGUCCGUUUCUUUUCCGGGGUUCGUGCUGGCUCCAGGUGAAAUCAAAAUGGACCCUUGCAAGUUGAUUGGCCCACUCCCACGUCACGCAAAGACGUACAAAGCUUCUUAGGGUUCGCUAAUUUCUACAGAAAGUUCAUUAGAAAUUUCAGUUCUAUAGCCUCGCCUUUGUAUGAUCUUACCUCGCCACACAGACCUUUCGUAUGAAACCCGCUUUGUCAGGCAGGUUUUCAGAAACUUAAAUCGAGCUUUACCUCCGCUCCCAUCCUCACUUUGCCAGAUCUCAAACAGCAGUUUGUGGUAGAAGUUGAUGCGUCUGAUGCCGGUAUAGGAGCAGUGCUCUCCCAGAAAUGUUUCAAGGAUGGUAAGUUACAUCCUUGUGAUUAUCUCUCCAAAAAACUGACCCCAGCCGAGAGACAUUAUGACAUUGGUGACCGUGAACUGCUGGCAUUCAAGGUGGCUUUGGUGGAGUGGAGGCACUGGCUAGAGGGGGCACAUACUCUGUUUUUAGUACGGACAUAUCACAAGAACCUGGAAUAUCUUAAGACUGCUAAGAGAUUAAAUGCGAGGCAGGCUAGAUGGGCUCUGUUCUUCACUACAUUCAAUUUACCUUAAGGGGAAGAGUCAUCCACUGGGCUCACACUAACCGGACUGUAUGUCACCCAGGCAUUGCCAAGACUCAAUCUGGUCGAACAGCGCUUUUGGUGGCCCUAUGUUAGAAGGGAUGUUACCAAUUAUGUCAAUGUUUGCCAGGUAUGUGCUGGUAACAAGUCCUCUCGUAAACGUCCUUCUGGGGAGUUGCGACCCCUGCCAAUACCACAAUGUCCUUGGUCAGACAUUUCCGUAGACUUUGUGACAGGAUUACCGGCCUCUAAGGGAAAUAUCACCAUUCUCACAGUUGUGGACAGGUUCUCUAAGAUGGCACACUUCAUUGCACUCUCGAUACUCCCCUCAGCUAAAGACACUGCCGAGUUAAUGAUACACCAGGUAUUCAAGUUCCAUGGUUUCCCCAAGAAUGUGGUAUCCGAUAGGGGUCCCCAAUUCAUUUCGCAAUUUUGGAAGGAGUUUUGCAAUCUCAUAGGUGCUACCGUCAGUCUGUCAUCUGGGUUUCACCCUGAAACCAACGGACAAACCGAGAGGCUGAACCAGGACCUGGAGACUGGGCUCCGAUGUCUCGCUUCACAUGAGCCACGAUCCUGGUCUCAGAAACUGCCCCAGAGUCCACAGUUCCAGCGCCAUUGACCUUGGUGAGACGCUGCAGGAGGGAGCGAGCCCGGCAGAUGCUGCUGCGCCAGGGACAGUCCUACAAGACCGCAGCUGACCGUAGGAGGACACCGGCCCCGAACUACAAAGUGGUUCCAAGCCUCAAGAGUUCAAGGCCCGAAUGGAGAAACGCCAUGAGUCCAAGAAAGAAGUGCUUGGAAACCCCAAGCAAGCAGAGUUUAUGAGGGUCAUGGAGCAGCAGUUAGAGAAGCAAGACAAGCUGUCGGCUGGCGAUGGAAAAGCAGGGGGUUUCACGAAAAAUAAGUCGCUGGGCUCCAUCCUCAAUCUUGAGCUGAUCCAGGACAAGACAGGUGAAGAGAUUGCCGAGCUCUGGAUGAAAUAUUAUGCCACCAAGGAUACAAUCAGCGCUGUCAUCCCAAGUCACACGUAUGAGGUUAUUGUCGCCCGAGCACAGUCGUGUUCCAUGUUCUUAUUUGCAUUGCCACAGAACGAGGGUUAUGAGUUCUUUGUUGGGCAAUGGUCCGGCCACGAGAUCCAUUUCACCUCCCUCGUCAACAUCCAGACUCAUGGAGAGAACUCUCCCAGUCAGAUGAUCCUCUACCACCACCCAGACUUGAAGGAGAACAAGGGCAUCGUGCUCAUGACAGCAGAGUUGGACCCCAAGUUCAUAACUGUCCCCCAGGCUCAGUGUUUGGCCAAUCAGGUGCAGCUCUUCUAUGGUACGAAGAGGCAAGAGACAUUCCGGUUGGUAGAGACAUUUAACCACCACCCAGCGGAGUUUAAACACAUGUCAGUGAUUGCAGAGCUGGAGCAGAGUGGCAUAGGGACUGCUCUCACGCCAACAUCCUCAUAGAGAAAGAGAAGCACUAAGCUGAGCAGCAGCCUGAUGACAGGGACUCCGCAUGGAAUCCCAAUUCAGUUCAGAAGGAAUCUUAUCCAGUGAUUAGGUUGUUGGAGCAUCUUUCUUCACACGCUAAAUUGUCUGUCCUGUCAGUGUGCUAUCAAAUAACGUUUUUUAAUUGUACAUAUGAAUAAUUUUAAUAUUUGUUCAAUAAGGUUAAAGCUGUCUUUAACGGUAAAGACAGCUUUUGUGACAAAGGACUGUUUGAAAAAGAACCACUGGAGAGAGCCUCAUUAACUUGUUGUAAUACAUCAGCUAAAGUUCCACAUUGAGGCAGCCAUUUUCCAUUCACAGAAAUAAAUGGUUAUUUCUGCGGUA